AGCGUUGUACAGUUCUCCUCCAACGGGGUUCCUCUUCUUCAUAUUCCGGGAGUGACGCGUGUCUGAGCGAGGAGGUUCUCCGCCACCCACGGUCACACCCGCACAGCCAAGCGAGGGAGGAGGGCAUUUAAUAUCUGCGCUCAGCCGCACUGGGUGGAGUAGUUACAUCUGGCGCCGUUUGGUUCUACCCUUGCUCAUUCUUUGGGCAAAUACGCAGUAGAUACGGCAGCGGCGAUCGCGCCCAGCCUUAUGCCGGGUGGAAACUGCAUCUUAGCUUCCCUUGAAUCCCCACACGGUCCGGGCACCACCCCAAGUGGUCGCUGAAAAAGAGGGCUAGAGCUCGUUCGAAAGGGCGAUUUUCUCUGGAGGCCAAACCAUCCCAUUAAUUCCUAUUGCAGCUGGUGCCCUGGAGCUCUGUUGCUCUCUAAGUGAAUCUUUCAAAAAUGCAACAGGCCGAAUUGCCAUAUGUUGGACCAAACCCUCCACAAGUUAAUGGUCCAGAGGAAGCUCCAGGUUUACAGAUCAUCGUUUUGGGUCCGACAGGGGGCCCCCGUGAGGAUAGAGUCACAGGACUUUUGGUUCGAUCUACGUCAACCAAGUGGUCAUCGAACUCGGUGGUCGCUGUCGAUGCAGGUACCCUUCUUUGUGGGAUCAUUGACACUCUAGAGCCAUGUGAUAACCACCAGGAGGUAUCAGACCGGGGCCCGUUUGCUGGUUUGGAACUCCCACACAACAAUGCUCCGGCAAAUGCAGCGCACGUUUUCCGGCACAUCAUUGGGGCUGUCUGCAUCACACAUCCUCAUCUAGAUCAUCUGUCGGCAUUUGCCAUAAAUACGCCGGUUCUGGAGGCAGGAUGUGGAGCAAAGACGUUGGCUGCCUUACCCUCCGUAGUCGCUGCGAUCAAGACUCACGUGUUCAAUGAUGUGAUCUGGCCUAAUUUGUCCGAUGAAGAUGGCGGUGCUGGCCUUGUUACCUACCAGCGCUUAAUGGAGGGCGGCAACCCUAUGAUGGGCCGUGGCGAUGAGAGGGGCUAUACACGAGUCUGCGAGGGCCUGUUGGCGAAAUGCCUGGCCAUCAGUCACGGGCGCUGCAGACAACGUUCCAACCCCGAGGUUGAGGUUCAACACCGGCUGAGCAGCGCCGCUUUUGGUUUCGAUCCGCUAAGGCUUAAUCCAAGGGCCUACUCGGUCUCCUUUGACGAACCAGAGACUGGCUACUUUUCUCCGUCACGUUCGCCUGGCUUUCGUGUGCCUGGGAAGGAUGGCUGGGCGGCCGUCGAGUCCUCGGCUUUCUUUAUCCGUGAACCUGCUACGAAGCGAGAAGUGAUCAUCUUCGGCGACGUGGAACCCGACACAGUCUCACUCAAUCCGCGCAAUCGACGCGUGUGGGAAGCAGCAGCGCCGAAAAUCGUUGCCGCUCAACUGCGAGCGAUCUUCAUCGAAUGCUCCUAUAAUGAUGAUGUUGAUGACGCGUCCUUGUACGGUCAUCUUUGCCCGCGCCACUUAAUCGAUGAAUUGAUUGUAUUGGCGCAGAAGGUCACGGAGUUAAAACAUCCAGAAUCGUUCAUGAUGAAAAAGCGUAAGCGUGCGAGCGCCCCGGAGGUACCCGGAGAUCCAGCCCUGAGCCCCAAAUCAAAGAAGGCAGCCCUCGCAGGAGAGAAAAGCGGAAGCUCUCGUCGAGGGUCUGCCAGAACGACGCGCCGCCAUACGCGUGCAAGAGUCACUCUGGAAGACCCUAAUGACAUGAUGGAAGCCAGCCCAUACGUUUCUCACGCACCUAGUGAGGUUGGGAUAGAUUUGUCAUUGGCUGAGAGUUCGGACCCUCUAAUGCCACUCCAGUGGCCUGAACCGCCUCUGGCUGGUCUCUUAGUCUACAUCAUACAUAUCAAAGACGACUUAAACGAUGGUCCCCCUCCACAUGAGCGCAUCUUACAGGAACUCAAGGCUCAGGGGGAGACUGCCGGGUUAGGAUGUGAAUUCCGUGUACCCACACGUGGUGAGAGUGUCUUGAUCUGAUCGCCGAUUGGUAA